GCUUCUUAUCUCACAAGAUUAUAAUUUAUAGCUAUCUUUUAAAAUGCUAAAAAUUCGAAGAAUCGUCGUUCAUUUUAAAAUUACAUGUACUAGGAAAAAUUGUAAAAACUCAAGUGUUGAAAGUAAUACAAUUAUAACACACUUGAACGCAGUGAAAGUUUGAUAAAAAUAGAUUAUGUGUGAGAGUGUUGAUUUUAAGUAAUUAGAAAAAGGAUAUAUUUACAUAUGAGGAAAUGAAACCUACCCUAGCUAGCCAGUGUGAUGGUUGGGCUAUUGUAUAAUAUCAUAUUUCUAUUGAUAUUCCAUGUUUCAUAUUCAGAAGAUAAUUCUACGAUAUUAUUUUGUAACGGAACUGAUGGUGGUUUCUGUUCAAAGGUUUUACAGCCAGUAGAAGCUUUCUACUCCAGUAAAGUGGCGAUUCUAGACAACACACUCAGUUCGAUAAUAUGUCCUCCAGAUGAUAUGAAACUUGUUUUGUUCGAAUGUAUAUCUUUGGAUAGAUGUGACUGCAAUAAAACCCUGGAAGUCUACGAACAAUGUUUUGGUGAUAAGUCAUUUUGCAGCGAACAAGUCACCUCAACUUUUAGUACAUUUACAUACAAAUGUAACAAAGAAUUGAAAUUAAAUUGUCCCUCUCUUAUAUUACCCACACACAAAACAACAUCGAGGAAGUCCACCACGACAUCAACGUUAACGACAACUAUUUCGUCGUCUGCCCAUUUCAGGAAUACGACGAGUAAACAAGCUUCCACGCAAACAUUUCAGUCAACAAAAACAACAGCAUCAGCAAAAUUAACAACAUUAUCAAAAGAAUUAACAACAGUUUCAAAAGAAUCAUUACCUACACACAUUCCUUUUCCAACGAAUCAAGAAAAAGAAGAGAAGAAGACAAAAGAUGCCGUGAUAGUGGUAUUAGUCUUGAGUAUUAUCAGUCUUCUUGUAGUAACUGUUGGAAUGUAUGUUUACAAAAAGAGAAGACGAAGAAGAUUCCAAAUACAAAAGGAACAUGGGAAUAAUGUGACUCCAACCAAUGGAAAAUGUACAUAUACUGAUGAAAACCACGAGCAAGGAGGAAAGAACAACACUCAUGAACUUCAGUGUCAACAGUCUGUGAUUCUGGAGUUGUGUGCAAUGUCGAAAUAAAUCAUGACGAAUAGACUAGUAUACAAACAUACACUAUUUUAAAAUGUCUUUCAAUCAUUGUUAUGUAAUCAGUGUAAUGAAAUAGUACCAAACUGAGCAGACAAUUCAGAACUCAGUUUUAUUAAAAUAAUGUUGAAACUA